AUGGGGGCGGACGGGGAAACCAUGGUCCUGAAGAACAUGCUCAUUGGUGUCAACCUGAUCCUUCUGGGCUCCAUCCUCAAGCCAUCAGAAUGUCAGCUGGAAGUCACCACGGAAAGGGUCCAGAGACAGGCGGUGGAGGAAGAAGGCAGCAUGGCCAACUAUAACACAUCCAGCAAAGAGCAGCCUAUGGUUUUCAACCACGUGUACAACAUUAACGUGCCCCUGGACAGCCUCUGCUACUCGGGGCUAGAGGCCUCUGCUGAGCAGGAGGUGAAUGCCGAAGAUGAGGCUCUGGCUGAGUACACAGGCCAGACAUCAGACCAUGAGAGCCAGGUCACCUUCACCCACAGGAUCAACCUCCCCAAAAAGGUCUGCCCAUGUGCCGGCUCAACCCAGGUAUUGCAGGAGCUGUUGAGCCGAAUUGAGAUGCUGGAGAGGGAGGUGUCAGUGCUGCGGGACCAGUGCAACGCCAACUGCUGCCAAGAAAGCACUGCGACAGGUAGAGUCUCGGGGACUAGAAACGUGGUCUCAGGAGGGGAAAGAGAAGGCCGAGCAGGGAGGGAGAGUGAAUGAAAGCAAGCAAAGCGCUCUCAGAGAAAUCCAACAUCUCUUCUCAUGGUCCAUGGAAAAAAAGCACCCCAGUCUGUAGCUUUCUGUUUGUAUGUCUCUAAGACUUAAAUGCAGUCCUUCCUGGGGGAUUCAGUUCAGGGAUUCUCAACACCGCUUAGCCAGUUUGAAAUACUUUACCCUGAUUUUGGGAGGAUGAGUCAGGUAACGGUACUUCGGUUCAGCACAGCAACUUCCGUGGUGAGCGGGGAAUUUGAUGUCUGUCUUCAUUCAUCUUUGGUGUUCACAGGCUACUGAAUUGGUAUCUAUCCAUGUUAACCUGAGGGACUAGAGAAUGCAGGCGCUCUGUUCACUCAAUCACAGCCUCUCUCCCAUCUGUGUAAAUGAUAGUCAUUAAGGUCUCACAGGACCUGUCCCCAUCUCCUCCAGCAAGAUGGAAGUUUUAUUCCCUGGCUCCUCCACACACACAUGUGCAGCCAU